UUCUAGUUUAAAUGCUUCGUCGAUGUUCCGCCGAAUGGGAUUUCAAUAUGGCUACCGUCGUGAUGUCUGCAGAAGCCAGUGUCGCGGAAAUGUUUUGAAUUCGAUUGGUAAUUGUGACGACAGAUUGACGUGCGAGGCAUAGGUACGUCUGCUGCAUAGCACAAACUUUCUUGUGCUUAAAGGCAUUCGUAGAAUAGUAGACUUAGUUAGAUCUUAAUUGUCGUUCGUAAUUGGGUCUCGACAGACGUUUUGAGUGGCAAUGGGGAAACAAAAUAGCAAAUUAAAGCCCGAAGUGUUGGAAGACCUCAAGCAAAAUACUGAAUUUUCAGAUGCCGAAAUUCAAGAAUGGUAUAAAGGAUUCUUAAAAGAUUGUCCUAGCGGACAUUUGAGCGUCGAAGAAUUUAAGAAAAUUUAUGGCAAUUUUUUUCCUUACGGCGAUGCCUCGAAAUUUGCAGAGCACGUGUUUAGAACGUUCGAUGCAAAUGGCGACGGGACGAUCGAUUUUCGAGAAUUUCUCUGCGCCUUAAGCGUGACGUCCCGAGGAAAAUUGGAACAGAAAUUAAAGUGGGCUUUCAGUAUGUACGACCUUGACGGUAACGGAUAUAUCUCGCGACAAGAGAUGCUUGAGAUCGUGACGGCAAUAUACAAGAUGGUAGGGUCCGUGAUGAAAAUGCCAGAGGACGAGUCCACUCCAGAGAAGAGAACCGACAAAAUCUUUCGUCAGAUGGACAAGAAUAAGGACGGCAAAUUAUCGCUCGAUGAAUUUAUCGAGGGUGCUAAGAGUGAUCCCUCGAUCGUGCGACUGUUGCAGUGCGAUCCUAGUGCACAAGCUCAGUGAGACCCUGGGUCCGUGUGCGUUUCAAAUGCCAUCUGUAAAUACGAAUCGGGGCCCGGCCCAAUCAUAGCCCGGUUAGAGGCGAUGCAAUCAUAGAAGGAAAUUAAUAGGAAUAGAGGAAGCUGUCAAAACGAACACACAAAGAUACAAAUAUCCUCGUUUACACCUACACCAAUACACCUACAGAGAAAGAAAGAAAGAAAGAAAGAAAGAAAGAAAGAAAGAAA